UUAUACCCCACUCUCACUAUAACUCCAACCACUUCUUUCUCCUCCCCCCAACCCCCCAACAUCCAUCCCUCAUGACUGAAUCCGGCGACUCCAGCAGUACCCACCUCAAGGACUCGUCCUCCACCUCGCUCCGCCGCCACCGCCACCGACGGCGCUGCCUCAUCUUGGGCGGCGCCUGCCUCCUCCUCCUCCUCGUCCUCGGCGUCGUCGUCCUUGUUCUCUACCUCACCCUCUUCAAGCCCCGCGACCCCACCAUGAAGCUCGUCUCCGCCCGCGUCGAAGGCGUCUCCCCCCGCGUCACCCUCCCCGUCGUUCGCAUCGAACUCAACGUCACCCUCGAGCUCGAGGUCCUCGUCCACAACGCCAACCGUGCCGCCUUCGACUACGCCGAGGGCCACACCGUCCUCCUCUACCGCGGCUCCCUGAUCGGCGACGCCGACGUGGAGCCAGGCCGGAUCCCGCCGCGGGGGGAUGGGCACGUGCAGGUCAAGUUCAGGGUCGAGGCCGACCGACUCGUGACGAAGUUCUUGAGCCUGAUUGCGGACGUGGCCGCCGGCGAGGUGGCGUUCGAUUCGUCGACGCAGAUCCCUGGUCGGGUCACCUUCCUGGGCUUCAUCAAGCGCCACGCGGUGGCGGAGACCGAGUGCCACGUCGGCAUCGGGGUCCCGGACCUCAGGGUGAAGAGCCAGGAGUGCAGCUACAAGACCGAACUCUGAUCACCUGUCGGUGCCGGAACUCGUAUACGUCUUCUAUGUCUUCUGUAGAUACUGUCAUAUUGAGCGACUCUUGUAUGCUUGACACCUACUUAUACCGUUAUACGUGUAGAUGAUAGAAUCUGUACUUUUUAUUAGUUUUGUUUCACAGAGGGCACUUACUACGGUCUUGCAUCCUUAUUUCUGAAUUCCCUAUUCUUGGAGCCCUUCUCUAUUAUUAUUAUUAUAACAGUUUAGUGGAUUUUU